CCAAGGACUGCGAGUGAGACUCAGUGUGCAGCGCACUUCUCAUAAUGUUUGGUUUUCCGGAUGGAAUGUCCACAUCACUGGGAUCUCCGGGAAAGGGAGAAGUAAAAGAGUAGAGACCAUUUAUUCUCUCAGGAUUUUUUUUUUUUUUUUAAAAGGACAGAGGCCAACGGCAGAGCACAGGCUCAAGCUCCUGGUUUGUAAAGGAGAGAGAAUACCAGGAGAUUAAGGCGAAGAAGAGUGAAAAAGAAGUGUUGACUCUAAAAGGAUGAGCUCAACAAGCUGAAGGCGUUUGCACUGCUGAGCGAGCUGCCAGAGGAGCAGAGGCUCCACGUCAAAGAACUGACCGCCAUCACCGACCACGUCGAGCAGGAGGUCAGUGACGCUUAUCGCAAAAGGAGGAGCUCAAACCCCUGCACCAUAAUCAAGUUUCCAUCUUCCACCUAAGCCAGGGCACCAUGACAACCCCGAGCCUGCUGUCAGAGGUCGAGUUGCUGAGGAGAAGGGUCGUAGAAAUGGAGGGGAAGGACGAGGAGCUGAUACGCAUGUGGGACCAGUGUCGAGACCUGGACCGCAGCCUGGCGAGGGAGACCAGCCACUGUCGUAGCUUGAAGGUUGAGGUGGAUAAACUCAAUGUCAGGAUCAGCGAGUUGGACAGGAUAGAGGAGGCUUUAGGUAAGAGCAAACAGGACUGUGGCAUUCUGAAGGGCAGCUUGGAGCGAGAGAGGGAGGCCAGCAAGGUGCUGUCUGGUGAGCUUGACGCUCUGAAAGUCAAGGUGAGAGAGCUAGAGGCCGUUGAAGGCCAACUGGGAAAGAGUGAGGCGGUGAUUAGACAGGACCUGGCCAAGCUCAGGUCACUGACUGUAGCUUUGGUGGAGGACAGAAAGACCAUGGCCGAGAAGCUCCGACAGGCGGAGGAAAAACUCAACAGGAAGGAGGGCAAAAGAAACGAGCAAAGCAAUUUGGCAACGAUGACAGAGCGACUGAGAGAGGAGAGGCAGCAGGCACUGAGGUCGAAGGCAGAUUUAGAGGAGAGGAUUAAGGGCAUAGCAAAGGAAAAAUAUGACCUUCAAGACAGACUAAAAACCGAAGGGGAGAGGAAUGGGGAGCUGCAGAGUAGAAUCACUACAAUGAAGAAAAGAUUACAGAUCUUGGAAAACAGGAAAGAGAGAGAGAGGUACACACACACCUCUAUUCCAAAAAACUCCGACCACCACUGCCACUCGGAGGACAACAAAGUCAAGGAAUUGACCGUGGAGCUAGAAAGGCUGCAAAAGAGAGUACGAGACAAGGAGGUGUUGGAGGAAGAAUUGAUGAAGGUGGAAAAUGACUUUGAGUCCCUGCAAAAGAGGUUUCGGGACGAACAAAAGAGGUCCCACGCUCUGACAGAGGAGCUGGAGGUGGCAAAGAGGGAGCUAUCGAGGUAUGAGCAGGCAGAGAAGCAGGAGGUCAACCAGGAACAUCUUCUCCUUUGCCGUCUUCAGAAGGAGCAGGUCAAGUCCAGACUAUUGGGCAGAGAGGUUGAAACCCUGAAGCAGAAACUCCAGAAGCUGAUGGGAACUGAGGAGUCCAUCUGCAGGGUUCAGACGGAUCACUCCACGCUGCAGAGGAAGCUGACCCAGCAGGAAGCCAGUAACCAAGAGCUGGCCAGAGAGAUGAAGGAACUGAGCAGUGAGCUAGACAGGCACGGGCAAAUCAAGACUCUUACGCCUGGUGCUAACCGACAACGCCGUGCAGACCUCCGUCAGACCACCAAAGAGGUUCAGACAGACCCCGCAGAUAGCCUGCCGCCUGACUUCAACGAGUCCAGCGAGGCACUUGGUGGAGAAAACGAGGACGAGGAACCAAACCACAACGCAGAAGUCGUAAACAGACAAAGCUCUCUCGUCAGCAACCUGAACAGCUUGAACAGUACAAACAACAUGAGCCAAUACAGCGGCAAUUCAGUCAAUGGCAUAGAUAUGCACCAAGCGGCAAACGGAGAGGUGAUGAUGUUAACGCACACGCCAGGGCAGCCCUUGCAGAUCAAAGUAACACCCCAUCAUAUACUCAACACGGCCACGCUCGAGAUAAGCAGCCCCAAUGGCGACGCCGCCACAUCCUACACCAGCACGGCCCUCAUACCGACAAGCGGAGCGUCGCCUAAGCAGAGAAUUACGAUCAUCCAAAACUCGUCUCUGUCUGCGGUCAAUGCUAAAAGCCCACCGUUGAGCCCCGACCGCACCGUCUCCCCGCUCGACGGCACGCCCGUCUCUCGGGCGUUGAAUCCAAAUCCACCGCGCUGCGCAACGCCCGACCACGGCAACUCCCCCGUUCAGAUUGUGACCGUGAGGACCUGUUCUCCGGAGCCGACCGACGCUGCAAAUCCGGUGGCCUACGGCAAGACGCCGGGGAGGCAGAACAGCUGGCAGCCUCAAAGGCCCGGCAGCACAGACACAAGUCCCAGCAUCAUCGCCACGGAGGAUAACAAGAUCCAUAUCCACCUGGGGAGCCCGUAUAGCCAGUCUCUGAAUGGUAUGACUCACGGCAUCCCGCAGCCCGUUGGGCCGUACUACCUCCGACAUGAGCAAAGGACUCAAGUGCUCACCAAUGGCUGUCACGUCAAAGGCGUUGGCAUGAUUACGAGUAGCAUCACUAUAUCCCCCGCUGCCUCUUCAGCGUCACAUUCCUCAAACAUCACAGUAAGUGGCCUUUUUGAUUAGAGGAACAUGGAUGUAUUCUCAACAUACAGUAUUAUGUUUUCAGUCACAUUCCCUGGCCAGACAACAAAAACAAUUCCCUUGAUCUAAUGACAACCCAGAGUUUUUUUUUUGUAUUUUGUAACAUUCAUGAAAUAAAUGCUUUGUGUAUUUGUCCAAUGAAAGCCUUUGUAUAUCAUAUUUGGUCUAGUUAGGGCAUCCUUACACUGACUGACUUUAACAACCCUUUAUUGAAUGUGUGCCGAAUAUCCGCGUGAGAGCUUAAGAGAUGCAGUACCGCUACCAAAUAUGUGAUGUGCUUUUUUUUUUCCUCCUUCAAUUUUCAUCAAUGUUUAUUUUCUGUUCAUUAAAAAUGUUUGCGUUGACUUUAUUCAUUCACCUUGAAUACUUUUGAGAGUGGGUUGGCAUUAACCCAGCUGACAGGUUGCCAGACAGUUUAAAUGUAAAACCGUUGGAAUCAGAAAAGACCAAAACCUGGUUUGAUGUUUGUUCCUCCAGGGUCAACUAAACACGAGCAAGCACAUGCCCGUUUACGUGACGCAUUUUA